AUGGUACAAGAAAUGAAGCGUCGUUUAGAAGCCAUUCCAGCAAACGCUGGCAGCAAGCUAAAGAUGGCAAAUGAUGAAACUAAGACAUUUUCUCAAAUAGAGGAUGACAUUCAAUUGGCUCUCAGAAGAAAGGCACUUUUCAAAGAGAAUGACAAAGUGGUCUCAAGUGGUUUUAAAAUAGAUUCUGUUCCUAAAACACCUGGUAAUGAAGUUCGUCAUCAUGAUAAUUUAGGUUUUAACAAUGAAUUGAAUUCACAAAAGGUUCCUUAUAUUGAACUUCCUGAUGAUUUAUUUGAAGAAGGUUUAAAUCCAUGGAAGUUUUCACUAAUUGGAAGAUUAGAUUUACAGCAUAUCAAAUUUGUAGAUGCUGCUAUUAUUUUACGAUUCAUCAAAUCAAGUCAAUGGGAAGUUCUAAAUCAGGUGUUACAAGUAAGAAAUUGGAUUUCUAAUUUUAGACCAUCAAAGCAAAGUACAUCUAAAGCUCAAGUCUGGGUUCGUUUUCCUGGUUUGGGUUUAGAAUUCUGCAAGGAAAAAAUUCUUUUUACUAUCUAUAAAGAGAUUGGUACUCCCAUUAAGAUUGAUACUGCUACUGCUAAAUAUGAAGUUGAGUAUUACACAAAUGUGUUGGUUGAGAACAAAAGGUCUUCUGAAUGCAAAGCUUCACCAAAGCCUAGAGCUAGUGUUAAGAUUCCUCAAACACCUUUUGACAUUUGUGAUAGGACAAUGGUUGAAAGUUCUGCAUCAAAGGUACAAACUAGUACUUCUAACUCAGUUAUUCAGUCUAAUUCAGAAGAAAAUUCAGUUGUUUUAAAUAUUGCUACUCCAGUUUCUCAUCCACCUUCUAGUGAAGAACCAACUGUUGUAGUUGAAUUAUAUCCUUCAAAAUUACUUCAAAUUGCAGAGGUGACUGAACUGGAAAAUAGCGUGGUGAAAUUUAUUGAUGCUGGUUCAGGGAAAGUAACAACAGAGCCAGUUCCUUUCACAUCUUGGUCUUCAGUGGUUAAGACAACCUCAGGGAUUAAAAAUGUUAAUGAAGGUGCAAAAAAAUUUCAUCAGUCUGGUGCACAACUUCCAUGGCACAAAAGUAAUAAUGAAGAAGUUAAAACUGUGGUUCAAGGCAAUGCUUCUAGUGAGAAGACUAUAAAUCCUGUAACAAAGAAAUACAACUUUAGAAGAAAUGAUGGUAUGCAAUCCAUGGUAAUUCAUAAUGAAGUUAAUAAUCAUAAGGGUAAUAUUUGGCUUUUUUGGAGUAGCUCCAUUGCUACUCCUUCUGUUGUCUCUAUCUCUAGUCAGAUGAUAACUGUGGUUGUAGGAGAUGUGUUGGUGUCUGCGGAAAAAGUUGGUGGUAGAGCACCUUCAAGGAUAUCUAUGACUGAUUUUAAUGACUGCGUCAAUUCAUGUGAACUUCUUCAAGCUCCUAAGAUUGUCCUAGAUUUCUCUUGGUCCAAUUGUCAGCAAGGCAGUCAAAGAAUACUAUGUAAUCUAGAUAGAUCUGUAUUUAAUAUGCAAUGGUUACAAAUGUUUGGAGACUGGGGUUAUAAAGUAGGACUCAGAGUUGCAUCAGAUCAUGCAUCAUUGCUGGGAGGUUGUGCAAGUGUGCCAAAGCCAGAAAAUGCUCCUUUAAGGUUUCAGAAAAUGUGGCUAGAACACCCUACUUUUAUGGAAGUGGUGAAAAACAGUUGGGCAGAGGAAAUUCAUGGUGAUGCUCCUUAUAUUUUCAUGACAAAGUUAAAACAUCUCAAGCAUAUUCUUAAAGAAUGGAAUUGGAAAGUUUUUGGUGAUGUGAAAUUAAAAAUCCAAGAAGCAGAAGACAAUGUUAAAGCAAAAAUGAUACAUUCUGAUGCUCGUCCUCAUAAUGAACAAGCUUUGGAAGACUUAGUUGCAGCUCAAAAUGAAUUUAAUUCAAGGGAAGUACAAUAUAAUACGAUGCUCAAGCAAAAAUACAGAAUUAAAUGGGUCAAAGAGGGUUCAGCAAAUACAAAUUUCUUUCAUACUAAUAUCAAAAUUAGGAAAACAAGAAAUUCUAUUUUGGAGUUGGAAGAUGAUAAUGGCAACUUGAUUUCAGAUCAAAAAAAGAUAGCUGAUACUCUAGUUGACUUCUUUGAAAAAAGAUAUCAAUAUCAAGAAGUUGAAGUUAAUGAUUCUAUUCUUGAAUCAAUUCCAAAAUUAAUAACUGAAAAUGAUCAAUUUAUGCUAGAAGUCAUUCCAGAAGCAGAUGAGAUUAAAGCAGCAGUAUUUGAAAUGGAUGGAGAUAGUGCUCCUGGUCCUGAUAGCUUUUCAGGUGCUAAGCAGCCUAAUCAGUUUAGACCUAUUGGCUUGAGUAACUUUAGUUUUAAAGUUUUCACCAAAAUCUUAUCUAUGAGAAUGGCCAGCUUGAUGAAAAAAUUAGUAUCUCCACAACAAGUGGCAUAUAUCAAAGGCAGAAGAAUUCAUGAGAAGGUACUCUUAGCAUCUAAGCUAGUAAAUGAAAUGAAAAAAGAAGAGGAGGGGAGGAAAUCUUGGUGUGAUUGGUUAAAAGAACUGUUAUCUUCUGCAAAAAUCUCUGUUAUGGUCAAUGAAGGACCAAAUUGCUUUUUCUCAAUGCACAGAGGUUUAAAGCAGGGUGACCCAUUGUCUCCCAUUCUUUUUGUUUUGAUGGAGGAGGUUUUGAGCAAAAAAUUACAAAAUAUGGUGGAGAAGAAUAAAUUACAACCAAUGGUAAUAAGGAAUGGUAUUGCUCUUACUCACCUCUUAUUUGCUGAUGAUGUUUCCAUAUUUUGUAAUGGUUCAAAAAAGAAUUCACAAAAUCUGUUACUUUUCCUUGAAGAUUAUCAAACAUGCUCUGGUCAAGUAUUUAACAGACUUAAAAGUAAAUGUUUUAUUGAUGGCUGCUCAAUUGUGCAAAAGAAUCAAAUUUCAAAUACCUUGCAGAUAGAUUUAACUUCAUUUCCAGAUAAAUACUUGGGGGUGAUUAUUCAUUCAGGAAGAAUUAAAACAGCUACUGUAUGGCCCAUGGUUGAAAUGAUGUAA